CCGUGUGCUCGAGUCCCACCGCGUCCUGCGUGGACCUGAACAGCUCCUGAGGAUUACGCCUCGGUUCAUCUCCGAGCAGGAUGACAGAGCACACACACCGUGCGGACAGCUGGCGGCAGGGCUUGGCAUUAAACCGGCGACGCUACCGCGAGUCAGUCGCAAAAAACACUCGUCAUCCCAUCCCCCGAGUCCAGAAUCCGGCAGAACCACAACAAUAAAAAAAACGGAGACCUGCGAGCCGGUCGACACGAGUGGGCGGGAGCUGCGAUUUUAUAACCUGACGUGACGCCGGGAUGCCACCGGAGAGGAUUUCUUACGUUUUAUUUCAACUCGGGCGCAGGCCGUCGGUAUCGUAUCCAUAAAUAGGACGCUGAGACACCGAGUCACGAACAUGGGGUUCCUCCACCAGCUCCAUCUCCUCCUCUGGAAGAACAUCUCCUUGAAACGGAGAGGUCCGUGGGUGCUGGCAUUUGAGAUCUUCAUCCCGUUGGUCCUCUUCUUCAUCCUGCUGGGCCUGAGGCAGAAGAAACCCGCCAUCCCUGUCAAGGAAGCCUUCUACAGCGCGGCGCCCCUCACCUCGGCGGGCAUCAUCCCCAUCAUGCAGUCUCUGUGCCCCGACGGACAGAGGGACGCCUUCGGCUUCCUCCAGUACAGCAACUCCACAGUCACCCAGCUGUUGGAGCGGAUCAACGAGGUGGUGGAGCAGAACCAGCUGUUUAGCUCCCAGCGACCCGGUCUGGUCCAGGAGAUGGAGGCCCUGCAGCAACACCUGGACAGCCUGAGGACCUCCCCCCCCGACCUCGACCGCAACCACACCCAAGGCUUCACUCUGUCCAGUGUGUUGCGGAACCAGUCGGUGUUCCAGAGGUUCCUGGUGAGGAACCUUUCUCUGCCAGAGGACGCCGCCCACCUGCUGCUGACCACGCCCAUCAGCCUCCAGGAGGUCUACAGCCUUGUCUUUGGCUCACAUCCCAGAGACACCCGCACCCAGGCCCCAGAUCAGGUCCAGACCCAGACCCAGGGCUCCAAACAUAGCGGAACCAAGGCUGGGGAGGGGGUCCUACACCUGGAGCAGAGGUUGCUGGGGGGUCUCCGGGGUCUAGACGGGGGUCUGCUCGACAAGGCCCUCAGGGACCCUUCGGGAGCGGCCCGCGAUCGGCAGGCUCUGGUCAGGCUGCUGUCCCAGACGCUGGGGCUGGUGGGCGGGGAGGCCCAGCGCUACGCCCCUCAGGAGCUCCAGCAGGUGGAGGGUGUGAUUCUCACCGGAGCCAUUCUCGAAGUCCUGACCUGCGGGGAAGGCGGAGGAGGCGGGAGCAGUGAGCUAGCCAGGCUCCUAUUGGUCCCUGAGAAGCAGCAGUCGCUGCUGGCAGGCUAUCGCAGCAUCCUCUGCGCCGGCGGGGCGGGGCAGCGGAAAGAGCGGUUUGGAGCACUUAGCCAGGUCCUGCGGGAGCAGCUGAAGACUCAGAGCGUGAUUGACAAGCUCCACCUCUUCAACUCCUCCUCGUCGCUCCCCCGCACGCGGCUGGCCGUGCUCCUCAAAGACCUGGCCUACGUGGAGCAGCUCCUCAAGGACGUGGCCCUGCUCUCCGGCCUUGCCCGCCUCCUGCCUCAAGGUGCCUGCGCGGGCCGCGCGCCUCCACCAGGCCACGCCCCUGCCUCCAACGUCACCACCUGGCCGCCCAACUCCACCGCCUGGGGAGGCGGGAUCGGUCCUAACGCCACGGACACGCCCCGGGGCGACGGCGUAGAGGCGGAGGGAGAGGGGAAGGAAGGGGACGGCCGGGGACCAGAAGGCGGGCCGGAGAAAGGGAAGGAGAAGGAGGAGCCCCAGGCAAACCCCAGGUCUCAGUUCUCGGCCUUCGUGCAGCUGUGGGCGGGGCUGCAGCCCAUCCUGUGUGGGAACAACAGGAUCAUCGAGCCCGAGGCGCUGAAGCAGGGGAACAUGAGUUCUCUUGGCUUCACCAGCAAGGAACAGAGGAAUCUAGGCUUACUGGUGCAUCUGAUGACUACAAAUCCCAAGAUCCUCUAUUCCCCAAUCGGUUCUCAGGUGGAUAAAGUCAUUCAGAAGGCCAAUGAGACGUUUGCGUUCGUGGGGAACGUGACGCACUACGCUCGGGUCUGGCUCAACAUCUCUGCCCAGCUCAGGACCUUCCUGGAAGACGGACGUAUGCACGACCACCUGGCCUGGCUACAACAGCUGACCCAGGAGCUGCAGGGCAACCCAGAGCUGCUGAACUCGACGGACAGUGUGCUGAUCCAAGGUCUGCUGGAGGGAAACUACACCCUCCCGAACACCACCACUCUCGUGGAGCAGCUGGACACUAUCGACAACGCCGCCUGUGGCUGGACGCGCUUCAUGUCGAAGGUGAGCGUGGACAUCUUCAAAGGUUUUCCCGACGAGGACAGCAUUGUGAACUACACCCUGAACCAGGCCUACCAGGACAACGUCUCCGUCUUCGCCAGUGUGAUCUUUCAGACCAACAGGGACGGUUCCCUGCCCCCCCACGUUCUCUACAAGAUCCGCCAGAACUCCAGCUUCACGGAGAAGACCAACGAGAUCCGACGCGCCUACUGGCGUCCCGGACCCAACACCGGCGGGAAGUUCUACUUCCUGUACGGUUUUGUCUGGAUACAAGACAUGAUGGAGAGGGCGAUCAUCAACACAUUUGUGGGUCAUGACGUGGUGGAGCCGGGGAACUACGUCCAGAUGUUCCCAUACCCAUGCUACACCCGCGACGAUUUUCUGUUUGUCAUCGAGCACAUGAUGCCUCUGUGCAUGGUGAUCUCCUGGGUGUACUCCGUAGCAAUGAUGAUCCAACACAUCGUCGCCGAGAAGGAGCACCGCCUCAAAGAGGUGAUGAAGAUGAUGGGUCUGAACAACGCGGUGCACUGGGUGGCCUGGUUCAUCACCGGCUUCGUCCAGCUGUCCAUCUCUGUGACAGCGCUGACCGUCAUCCUAAAGUACGGCCGCGUGCUCCUGCACAGCGACCCCUUCAUCAUCUGGCUCUUCCUCACCAUCUACGCCGUGGCAACCAUCAUGUUCUGCUUCCUGGUGUCGGUGAUCUACUCCAAGGCUAAGCUGGCGUCUGCGUGCGGAGGCAUCGUCUACUUCCUGAGCUACGUGCCCUACAUGUACGUGGCCAUCAGGGAGGAGGUGGCCCACGACAAGAUCACCGCUUUUGAGAAGUGCAUCGCAUCCCUGAUGUCCACCACGGCGUUUGGCCUGGGCUCCAAGUACUUUGCCCUGUACGAGGUGUCCGGGGUGGGCAUCCAGUGGAAGACCAUCCGCCAGUCCCCGGUCGAGGGGGACGACUUCAACCUGGGCCUGUCCAUGAUGAUGCUCAUCAUCGACGCCUGCCUGUACGGAGUGCUCACCUGGUACAUUGAGGCUGUGCAUCCAGGGAUGUACGGACUGCCCCGCCCAUGGUACUUCCCCCUGCAGAAGUCCUAUUGGCUGGGCAGCGGGCGCGUGGAGACCUGGGAUUGGCCGUGGUGUGGGGGCGGGGCCUCCAGGCUGAGCGUAAUGGAGGAGGACCAGGCGUGCGCCAUGGAGCACAGGAGGUCCGAGGAGCAGCGGGGCAUCGAGGAGGAGCCCAGCCACCUGCCCGUGGUGGUGUGUAUCGACAAGCUGACCAAGGUGUACAAGAUGGGCAGCAAGCUGGCCCUGGAUAAGCUGAGCCUCAACCUCCACGAGAACCACGUCAUGUCCUUCCUGGGCCACAAUGGGGCCGGCAAGACCACCACCAUGUCCAUCCUGACUGGCCUGUUCCCGCCCACCUCCGGCUCUGCCACCAUAUAUGGCCACGACAUCCGCACGGAGAUGGAGCUGAUUCGGCAGAACCUGGGCAUGUGCCCGCAGCACAACGUCCUGUUCGACAAGCUGAGCGUCGAGGAGCACCUCUGGUUCUACUCCCGACUCAAGGGCAUGAAGGAGGAGGACAUACGCAAGGAGAUGGACAAGAUGAUCCUGGACCUGGAGUUGUCCAACAAGCGCCACAGCCUGGUGCAGACCCUCUCCGGGGGGAUGAAGAGGAAGCUGUCCGUCGCCAUCGCGUUCGUGGGCGGCUCCCGCGCUGUCAUCUUGGACGAACCCACCGCCGGCGUCGACCCCUACGCCCGCCGCGCCAUCUGGGACCUCAUCCUCAAGUACAAGCAGGGUCGAACCAUCCUGCUGUCCACGCACCACAUGGACGAGGCGGACCUCCUGGGAGACCGCAUCGCCAUCAUCUCCCACGGGAAGCUCAAGUGCUGCGGCUCGCCGCUCUUCCUCAAGAGCACGUACGGAGACGGAUACAAGCUCACGCUGGUCAAGAAGCAGAGCGAGGGAACAGACCAUGGGGCACCUCCCCAGCCGCCCUCCCCUCUGUCUCCGUGCUCCGAGGCCAGGGUCACCCAAUUCAUCCGCCAGUUCGUGGCGUCCUGCCAGCUCGUGUCCAACUCCAACACGGAGCUGUCCUACGUGCUGCCGUCCGACGCCGUCAAGAAAGGCUGCUUCGAACGCCUCUUCCAGGCGCUGGAGCAGAGCCUGGACAGCCUGGCUCUGACCAGCUUCGGGGUGAUGGACACCACCCUGGAGGAGGUGUUCCUCAAGGUGUCUGAGGAGGACCAGUCCCUGGAGAACAGCGACGCUGACAUUAAGGACUCCCCCGGGGGCAGCUCCACGGGGAAGCCGGGGGUGGUCUCGGUAGAGGGGCCCGGGGGGCCGACGUCACCCCCGCCAGGCGGUGAGACGGGCCCCCCGGCGUCAGCAGACGAGAGGCGGGAGGUGGAGCUGACCAACCUGGUGAACGGCUCCCGGAUGAGCCCCAGCCAGGCCUCCCUGAGGUCCUCGUCCUCGUCAGUGGGCUCGGUGCGGGGGGACGAGGGGGGGCUGUACACGGACUUCUACGGAGACUACUGCCCCCUGUUUGAGGAGCCGCGGGAAGGAGAGUCCGCCGGCCAGAGAGGGGACGCCAAGAUCCCGCUGUCCCCGGAGGAGGAGCUCUCCGAGGGGCAGGGCGGUGUGAAGCUGGAGGGCUGGUGGCUCCGGCUCCGCCAGUUCCACGGCCUCAUCGUCAAGCGGGGUGGGGGGGUGGGGGGGUGGGGGGUGCUCACUGGCGCCAAGAGGAACACCAAGGGCGCUCUCUUCUCGCAGAUCCUCCUGCCCGCCUUCUUCGUCUGCGUGGCCAUGACCGUGGCGCUCUCCGUCCCCGCCAUCGGAGACCUGCCCCCUCUGAUCCUCUCCCCGUCUCAGUAUCAUAACUACACCCAGCCCCGAGGGAACUUCAUCCCCUACGCUAAUGAGGACAGACCCCAGCACAGGAGCAAGCUCUCCUCCGAUGCCCCGCCCCAGAAGAUCAUCAACACGCUGCGGCUGCUGUCGGGCGUGGGCGCCACCUGCGUCCUCAAGACGCCCCACAACAGCAGCCUGGACAGCACCCUGGACCAGCUGGCCCAGACCCUCAACCCCAGCGCCAACGAGUCCAAGACCCUGGCCGCCCGCUACUUCGACUCCAUGUGUCUGGACUCCUUCACGCAGGGGGUCCCGCUGUCCAACUUCGUCCCCCCGCCGCCGUCGCCGGCGCCCUCCGACGACCCUGACCCCCGCUUCGACGAGGACGGAGUGUGGAACUUCACCACCCCGCCGACGCCCACCGCCGCCCACGAGCCGGUGACGUCUCCCCCCACGCUGCCGCUCUCCAUCCACGAGCCAGUGCGCUGCACCUGCUCCAUGCAGGGCACGGGCUUCUCCUGCCCCAGCGGGGUGGGGGGCCGCCCCCCGCUCAUGAAGGUGGUGACCGGGGACAUCCUGGUGGACAUCACGGGACGCAACGUGUCCGAGUACCUCCUCUUCACAUCGGACCGACUGCGCCUUCACAGAUAUGGCGGGUUAACGGUGGGCAACAUACAGAAAUCCAUCCCAGCAUCCUUUGGGAGGAGGACGCCGCCCAUGGUUCGGAAGAUAGCAGUACGCAGAUCAGCUCAGGUGUUGUACAACAACAAAGGCUACCACAGCAUGCCAACGUACCUCAACGUCCUCAACAACGCCAUCCUACGGGCCAACCUACCGCCGUCCAAAGGAAACCCUGCAGCCUACGGAAUAACACUGACCAACCAUCCUAUGAAUCGUACCAGUGCCAGCCUCUCCCUGGACUACCUUCUGCAGGGCACUGACGUGGUGAUCGCCAUCUUCAUCAUCGUUGCGAUGUCCUUCGUGCCUGCCAGCUUUGUAGUCUUCCUCGUGGCCGAGAAGUCCACCAAAGCCAAACACCUGCAGUUCGUCAGUGGCUGCAACCCCAUCAUCUACUGGCUGGCCAACUACAUGUGGGACAUGAUGAACUACCUGGUUCCGGCCACCUGCUGUGUGCUCAUCCUGUUUGUGUUCGACUUGCCGGCCUACACCUCCCCCACCAACUUCCCUGCUGUCCUCGCUCUCUUCCUGCUCUACGGGUGGUCCAUCACACCCAUCAUGUACCCGGCCUCCUUCUGGUUUGAGGUUCCCAGCACGGCCUACGUCUUCCUCAUCGUCAUCAACCUCUUCAUCGGCAUCACCGCCACCGUCGCCACCUUCCUCCUGCAGCUCUUUGAACACGACAAGGACCUGAAGAGGGUCAACAGCUACUUAAAGUCCUGUUUCCUCAUCUUCCCCAACUACAACCUGGGUCACGGCCUCAUGGAGAUGGCUUACAACGAGUAUAUCAACGAGUACUACGCCAAGAUAGGUCAGUUUGACAAGAUGAAGUCUCCGUUCGAGUGGGACAUCGUGACACGGGGGCUGGUCGCCAUGACGAUCGAAGGCUUUGUGGGCUUCCUCAUCACUAUACUUUGCCAGUACAACUUCCUGCGUAAACCACCGAGGGUACCAGUUAGCUGUCAGCCAAUCGAUGAUGACGAUGUAGACGUAGCAUGCGAGAGGAGGCGGGUUCUGCGCGGAGAUGCUGACAGCGACAUGUUGAAAAUUGAAAACCUCACGAAGGUGUACAAGUCCCGGAAGAUGGGACGCAUCCUGGCGGUGGAUCGGCUGUGUCUGGGGGUGCGGCCGGGGGAGUGCUUCGGUCUGCUGGGGGUCAACGGAGCGGGGAAAACCAGCACCUUCAAGAUGCUGACCGGAGACGAGAGCACCACGGGAGGGGAGGCCUUCGUCAGCGGGAACAGUAUCUUGAAGGAGCUGCUCCGGGUGCAGCAGACCAUCGGGUACUGCCCCCAGUUCGACGCCCUGUUUGAGGACCUGACGGCCCGGGAGCACCUGGAGCUCUACACACGCCUCCGCGGCAUCUCCUGGAAGGACCAGGACCGGGUGGUUCAGUGGGCGCUAGAUAAACUAGAACUCUCUCAUUACGCAGACAAGCCGGCUGGAACCUACAGUGGUGGUAACAAGCGCAAGCUGUCCACCGCCAUCGCUCUGAUUGGUUACCCCUCCCUCAUCUUCCUGGAUGAGCCCACCACAGGCAUGGACCCCAAGGCUCGCCGCUUCCUCUGGAACCUCAUCCUCGACAUCAUCAAGACGGGACGCUCAGUGGUGCUGACAUCACACAGCAUGGAGGAGUGUGAGGCUCUGUGCACCAGACUGGGCAUCAUGGUGAAUGGCAGGUUCAAGUGUCUGGGCAGCAUCCAGCACCUGAAGAACAGGUUCGGGGACGGCUACAUGAUCACUGUGAGGACAAAGAGCAGCUCCAGUGUGAAGGAGGUGGUCCGCUUCUUCAACAGGAACUUCCCAGAGGCCGUCCUCAAGGAGCGCCAUCACACUAAGGUGCAGUUCCAGCUGCAGUCGGAUCGCCUGUCCCUCGCCCAGGUGUUCAGCAAGAUGGAGCAGGUGGUGGAGGUGCUGGGGAUAGAGGACUACUCCGUCAGCCAGACCACCCUGGACAACGUGUUUGUGAACUUCGCCAAGAAGCAGAGCGACAACCUGGAUCAGCAGGAGAGCUCGCCCUCUGGUGGCGGCCGGUCGCCACUGCAGUGCAUCUUGAGCCUGCUGAGGUCCAGACCAGCCACCACGGAGCUCAGCGCUCUGGUCAGCGAGGAGCCGGAGGAGAUGGAGUCAGACGAUGAUGAGGGACUCAUCAGCUUUGAGGAGGAGAGGGUGCAGCUGUCCUUUAACACAGACACGCUCUGUUGAAAACAAGAGACGCCAGCCAGACAUCGUAGAACUGUUAAAGACGGACCAAGGCAAGUAUAUCGACUACCACAACCCAAAAGAAGGAGCAUAAUAAUGAUAACACGCGCUCCUACGUGAAGAGGACAAAGAGGACCAAAUGGAUGUGUACCGCGCCAGCAAUCCUGCUAGCGGUACCGCGCCACCGCGUCCCAGCGCUCAGUUGUGCGCUGGGAUUAGGAAGUGUAUUGAGAUUUAUGAGGCUUCCCAAAGACACGCAGAUACAUUGGUUGUGUGGGAAACACAGCAACCACCCCAGCCUAAGAGUGGAGGCCGGGUUGGAUAAAUCAAACAGACCCGGUUUCAUAACAUUGGAGAUGGAGAGAGAAGAAGAGAGAGAGAGAGAGAGAUGGAGAGAAACCCUUAAGACGCACCUUGUCAAUGCUCGACCAUGGAAUGAAGAUUGUUGUUGCGGAAUGUUCCCAGAUUUAUUUUUUUAAGAAUGUACAGUUAAAAAACGAAGUUCAAAGUAACAAAAUGUUGGUUUGAUUGGUAGGCUUGACACACAGACACACAGACACACACACACACACACACACACACACACACACACACACACACACACACACACACACACACACACACACACACACAGUGUGGUGGCUUAACUUCUGACAGUAAAUGUAAUCGUGUUGCCCGACCCUACCCCGGCCAAAUGGGACUCCUCUUCCUCCUCCUCUUACUAGGAGGCCCCCCGCCUUGAGAGCAUGCUGAGAUGAUAAAAGAGGUCGUCGUGUCGUGAUACAUUAUAUUUUUAUGUGGCUAGAGGAAUGAUUUAUUUUGGAAUAUAGAAAUGAUAAUCAGAAAUACUGCCUGAGGACCCGACCUGCGUAUGGUUUUAGCUGGCAGUUAUCUAGAAGUUAUGGCAGCAGCGUGCAAACAGAGAGUCAGGAUCGCUUGGAGAGCCAGUCCGUUUUGUUCUAUUGUUUUUAUUGAUGUUAAAACGCCCGAGGAAAAUACAGGGACGCUUGGCUGCUUCCUGUCGGUGGAGGAAGUGAGAUGACAGGCCUGUUGGGAAGAGUACCUCCAUCGAUGCAUCUGUUGUAAAGGGUCAUUUAAACACGUCAUCUUGAACAUCUAAACCAAAUGCUCUUUUCCCUUUUUAUUUGUAUUAUUUUUUACUCGCUGGAGUGAACAGGUAACUUCACCUUUAUGUCUACAUUGAAUCCUGCUAAAAUGUAACAAGCGCUUUAUUCUUAAGAUGAUCACUACCACCACUGUGAUACAGAGAACUGGGAUCACACACAAUGCUUUAACCCGAACAUCUACAAAAGGUAAAACGUGUGUACUAUACUUCACGAGAGGAAUUUCAGUUCCAAAAGAGACAUCUGUAAUAAUCACACCUUUCUAUUUAACAAGCUGACUGUUUUCUUGGCAUGUGGUUAAACUUCGGGGCGAGUGGCACCUUUGGUUGCAUUGCGUCUUAUCUGCUGUUGCACACCUUGUUUCACUACAAAUUAGUCGAUUUCUUGGUGAUUAUGGGAUGUGUGUGUGCUUUUAUUCUGAAAUCGUCUCGUCUUCACACUGAGAAACUAUUGACUGUUGUGCUUCAUUUAUUUCCGUAGAUUGUAACAGUCAAAGAGAGGCUCCAGCUGAGCUGCUGGUUUUGGUUUUACUCUACAAUGGAAAACUUUCAAGUGUGUUAUUUUCUAUAGGUAAUUUACAUCUGAUCUGAUUUGCAUUUCGGUCAAUCAAACCAUCAAUGUAAGUUAUUGCAUUUUUUUUUGCCAUUUUUUUAUUGGCUUUUAUCUGAAAUAUGUCAACAUCACAACCUUCAACUUGCUCUAGUAAAACAGGAAAGAUCGGAAACUUGUUAGUUGAGUGGAGCACCAUAAGUGAGUGCGAGAGCCGUUAUGGAGUGAAGUAUUUCAGAGACUGCCUACAACACCAGCAACUCAUGGAGUAAGAUGCCAUCAGUGAAAAAAAAAUGAUCCUCGUGAUAUUGAGGCGUUACUUAACUUUGUGAUAAUAUAAAUAUAUACAGUAUGAAUUCCUGAAUGUCUGUAAACGUGAUUUUUUUUUUCCUGCAGUGAAGCAUUAUUUACUUUUAAUUAAAAAGAGAAGAUCAAAGACAACAUUUGAGCCUGUGUCUGAUUAAACUGUGGUUUCUGAGCACUUCAUGAAGCUGAAACGCGGCGAUUGAAUAUUUCGAUAUUUUCUUCUAUCAUUUGGAAAUGGAAUACAAUUGUAUGUAUUUGAGUAUGAAUUGUUUUCUGGGGAGUGAUUUCUUCCAUCUCCUUCACUUGGGCUGAAUUAUACAUUUUUUAUGCUUGGGAAGGUUCCUUACUCGCACCAUUCGUCCAUUCACGAAUGGACCAUUUUCAUUCAAUCAUACUAAUUCGGAUCCAUGUCCAUGUCCCUUAAUUGACCGUAGUUAUUUUUUCUUUCUUUCCCCCAUUGUCCACGUAUAUAUAGCUGGCGUGAUAGAGCACUGUUAUCCUUUCCUAAGUCCUCAUGAAUUCUCCUUCAUGUUUUCCUCGUGGUCAAGGAAAAGAGGUUAGUAUAGGUUUUCAUUUUUCUUGGUCUCCUUUCCUUUGCUCACAACAGGCCCUGCUUUCCUCUGUGUAAUUCUUCUUAGAGACAUAAACCGACUGAAACUGUCUGAAUGAAUCUAAAUGGCUUCGAUGUACGUCAUGCUGAACACAUUGGAUUAAGUUAAAAAAUAGCAUUUAUUACAUUUAUUUCAUAAAAUAAACCAUUUCAAAGCUAUUCCCUGAUUGAAGCGAUGAAUAUUGGUUACAUUAAAAAAGAUUUCAUGAUGUAGGCAGUAAGGUUAAAAGCUGUAUCAGGCAUCAGUGGGUUAAAAGCCACGUUCAAACUGUACAUAAUAUAUGUACGUGUUGAGCAGAAUAACAAACUCCUUGUUCUCUUCAGAUACAUAUUCUUAAAAACAUUAAAUUCAAUCUUCUUCGGUA